ACCCAUGGCUAACACUAGCUUAAUCCAAGCGGAGUGGAGAGGACACGGGAAUGAUCACAUACGUUCAGCAGCAUUGGUUUAAAUGAAUCUACGUCUUUACUUCACGAAUCAAUCAACACGCUUUUACUUCGACGCGGAGCUAACAGGGCAACUAGCUGAGCUCCGGUUCAUUGUAAAGGUAUGAACUCUCUGGUUGGUUACGGAGUGUCCUCGGAGUCUGACAGCGAUGGAGAUGCAAACACCGGCGGACUUGGCUCCGUUAAGAAGGUGGGCAAUGAUGCGACACCUGUCUUAAAGACCCGUAACUUCCUGCUGGAGUCUGGUUCAGCCUCCAGUGACUCGGGCAGCGAGUCAGAACCAGAGGAAGAGCAUCCUGUUCCCUUCUCAUCCCCAUCACACCCCCUCCCAGCAGUCCGUCAGCCCCCCCGCCCUGCUCCUUCCCUGGGUUCACACACUCAAAACAAACUGCCUCCUCCAGCUCUAAACGCCUGCUCGGACAGCGGCGUGUUCACCAACCCCUUCAAGGCCCAGGCAGACCAGAAGCUCAGCGCCCUGCAGAAACAUGUCCCCCUGACACUGGAGGCCAAACCCUCAGAGAUUGGAGGGAAACGGAUGUGCGUGUCUUACAGGAAAGAUGGAAGGUGCAGGUUCGGGAUCAAAUGCAAGUUUGCUCAUGACAGUGACCUCCAGACCGCUGUCACCUCAGCUGACGGCCAUCAUCCUCAUCAUACGCCUGAGAGUGAUGAAGCACCAGCAGCAGAACCCGUUGAGCCCAAUGCAGGUGGCUCUGAUGGUGUCGGGAAGCAGAAGCGCCCAGACGAGGAAGAGUCAGGAGGGCAGCAUGUGAAGAAGAGGAGGGUUGGACUGAGUAACACCUUGAUUCCUCCUAAACGGGCUAUGAAGCAGUAUGCAAUGCACAUGGACCGAGAGCGGCUCCAUAUGUCCUGAAGCGAGCCAAGCAGAGCCGGAUGGGCAGGGAGGAGAAUUUUCCUGCGUUGUAACACUGUGCAAUCCUAACCCCUCAUAAAGCAAUAGUAUAAAGUGCAGGUGAAAUUUUUCCUGUGUGUGCAUGUCUAUAGAAAAGUUGUACCGUCCAUUGGUCGAUUCUCUAAUAACUCAAGCCUACAGUUACAUUUCAUCCGGCAGUAACUAACAUUUUCCACACAUUCACAUCAAGAGCCAGUAUUUCAAUUGAAAUCCGGGAUAAUGUAAUAAUUGUCUGGACUUCUUGUCUUUUCACACAUGAACACAGGAGAUUGUUCAGGUCAGAUCAGGGACAUUUCUGGACCAUUCAGGUCAGGGAUGACACCUGGGCAGAGCAAGAAAUUCAGUUCAGUUUUUCUCACAGCCAUCCACACCAGCAUCAGCCCUUAUCACAAAAAUAUCUUGGGUAAGGGCUGUUUUCCCCAAUUCUGCAUUUUCUAAAUGAAUGGCACCUCUUUCUUCCUAAGAUAUGUAUAUUCUCCUUCCUUGUUUUUUGCAUGUAGACCAUGUUAGACAUGUCAUCAACACAUCCACUCGUGAAUUGUAUGGACAGUUACCUGCUGUAUUGUCACAGUGGCUCAGACAUGUUCCAGACAUUUUACUUUGUGGCGGAAAGACUCAGGAGACUGUCUAAAACAACAGUCUGGGACAAAUUUCACUCCUGAUGUACAGCCCCUUUUCAGGUAAACAUCCGGAGCUCAGUGCAUGCCUGUGAGCAGCAGUAAUGGCUGAUCCCCCUGCCAAGUAAGUGUAGCCACCCCAGGUGUAUGGAAAGAUAAAGUUGUGGGAUAAAACAUUACAUUCUCAAACUAUUAAUGAAAACAAUGGAUAAAUGUUAAGACAUUUAUUUACAUCAUAUAAGUUUUUUUGUGUUUGUGCUACCACAUGUCCUACAUCACAGAUCAGAGAAGUGCUGACUUAGUAUUGACAUUUUUUAACAAAGGAUCCACAUAGUCGUGAUUUAUCAAAUUACAUCAUCCUUCAAAUGUUAUAGACAAAAGUUGUGUUUGUCUAAUUCAGUUUGGUUAAUGUUUUGGACCACACUACACAUGAGUUAUUAUUCCUUCAAAGUCAAACAGCAGGGUUAACAAACAGCUGCACAAAUAUCAUUUUAACAGACCCUGCCAACAUCGCUAAAAUAUGCAUAUUCUGAAACUGUGAAGCACCUUUUUUUUGUCUACACCUCUUCAGUCUUUGUGAGUUCAGAUUUGGUUGGUUUUGUAUUUUUCCUAUCAAAUUAAUGUUUUCUAGUAGAUCUGGACAAUAAAUGCAAAAAAUGACUGCC